UUGCGCCAAGAACUUGGCGUUCUCGCCUGGUGGCCGGUAUCUCUGUUUGCUCGAGCGUCGUGAAUUACAGGAUUGUAUGAGCAUUUUUGAUUGUCAAUCGGAAUGGCGUCUGGUUGUCAACGUUCAGCUCCCCACCAAGGACUCAUGUGGACUAGAGUGGUCCCCAGAUGGACGUUACAUUGCUGUCUACGACUCCUGUCUAUACGACACUGUGGCAAUUUUCACUGCAGACGGUCGUCAACUGCAUACCUUCUCGGUAUCCGAAGGUGGAAGCUAUCAUUUGGGAGUGAAGUCAAUCGCGUGGUCUCCCUCCGGUCAGCUUCUCGCAGUCGGCGGGUUAGUUUUAGUCCUUUUCUUUGGACAGUUUACCUCGCUGCCGCUUUCCAUAUAUAUUUGUAAUAGCUAA